UAGAUUAGUAUAAGAUAAUAUAUAAGGAGAGAGAGGAGAGGCCGCCGGCGAGAGGUUCAGUAGUGCCCCGGACCUCCACCAUGGCUUCCACCGUCUCACGCUGCCUCUCCAGGGGUGUUUUUCUACCCUUGCAGACGCUAAUUCAACCCAAAAUUCCUGUACGAUAUCUCAACUUGCUGGAAUACCAGAGCAAGGUUUUGCUGGACAAUCAUGGAGUUACCGUACAGAGGUUUCGUAUCCUUGACUCGCAUAAAGAUGCAGCAAAGGCUUCCAAAUCCCUUAAUGCUGCUGAGUAUGUAGUGAAAGCUCAGAUAUUGGCAGGUGGGCGUGGAAAGGGACAUUUUGAUAACGGCUUUAAAGGCGGUGUUCAUCUUACUAAAGACUGUGAAGAAGUGGCAAAUUUAGUGGAGAAGAUGGUUGGCCAUAAGCUGGUCACGAAGCAGACCCCUAAGGAUGGCAUCCUCGUUAACAAGGUUAUGGUCGCCGAGUCUGUCGAUAUCCUUCGUGAAACAUACUUUUGCAUCCUUAUGGACAGAGAAUAUAACGGCCCUGUACUGAUUGCAAGUCCAGAUGGUGGUGUGGAUAUUGAGGAAGUAGCGGAGAAGACUCCCGAGCGUCUGAUGACGCAGCCCAUUGAUAUAUACGAAGGAAUUACAGACGAGAUGGCCCUCAAGGUUGCAGACUUUCUUAAAUUUGAAGGACCAUUGAGGGAGAAAUGCGCUAAAGAGGUGAAGGGUGUCUGGAACAUGUUCCUUAAUGUAGAUGCAACUCAGAUUGAAAUAAAUCCAUUGAUUGAGACCCCCCAAGGGCAGGUUGUGGCAGUUGAUGCAAAGAUUCAGUUUGAUGAUAAUGCUGAAUUCAGACAAAAGGACAUAUUUGCUCAGGAGGACUUUAGUGAAAAUGAUCCGAGAGAAGUGGAUGCUGCUAGCCACAAUCUCACAUACAUUGGCAUGGAUGGAAACAUUGGCUGCUUAGUUAAUGGAGCAGGUUUAGCAAUGGCCACAAUGGACAUAAUUAAGUUACAUGGAGGCUCACCUGCUAACUUCUUGGAUCUUGGUGGAGGUGUGCAAGAACAUCAGGUGGAACAUGCUCUCAGGAUUCUUACCUCAGACGAUUCUGUAAAAGCUCUUUUUGUGAACAUAUUUGGUGGCAUAGUAAACACAGCCACCAUUGCUAAUGGUCUCGUGAAAGUUUUACGAGACAGAGACAUCAACAUUCCAUUGGUGGUCAGGCUGGAAGGAACAAAUGUAGAAGAAGCUAAACAUAUUUUAGCUACGUCUGGAUGCCCUAUCCAGUCUGCGAGUGACUUGGAUGAUGGUGCUAGGAAGGCUGUGGCAGCUAUCAGCUAGUGCAGCAAUUGUUGCUUGCUGAAGAAACUUGUCGGCUAACAUCCAUGUUACUGUACCUUCAUUCUGGGUAUUUCUACGACUUACUGAUACCAUUAUUCAGUACUGAAGUGUAGUAUUGUCAUUUAGCCGCCUACAUAUGUGAGACUGUGAUAUCUCCAGACCCCAGUUAAAGUCAUGUAAGUGUUCUAGAUUGUGACAUAUGAGUAUAGUGUGUAUAUUUAAAAGUUUUUUAUUAUAAAUUAAAACAAAUCUAACUUAAAAACCUGACCUAACUUAAACAGGCCAACUACUACGCAAUAGUGCCCGAUGUAGGUAAAGCAAACCUAACCUAAUUAGAAACUCGUAUUGUCAAUAUAUAUAACUAAUAUUACACACAGAAAUCACAGAAAUCAAUAUUAUUAGGGGUGAACAAAUUUCAAGACAUUUGAAUUUUGGCCUGAAAAUACCAAACAUGGUAGGAUGACAAUCUUGAAUUUUUCAGGUUUCAGCUCAAAUCUGAUGAUCCAAGUAAAUGUAAUAUUGUUACUUACCAGUAUGUUAUAUAUGUGUAUUGGGGAGGGGGGGGGCAGGAUGUGUGUGAGAGUGAAUGAGUUAUUGAACAUGAUUGAAAGUAUUAGAUCAGCAAUUCUAGCACAAGUCUUCUCCAUAUUUCUUAUGUUCUUUACUUGAGAAGGAAGUUAAAAAAUCAACUGUAGUACAUUUUACAGUUUUAUUGGGCCCAAGACGUGUUACUGAAUGACGCAUUUUGACGAAGCUAACAGCUUUUGGAGGCAGAGGUGAAGUGGAUACAAAUUACCUGAAGUAGCAGUGCAGUAUAUAUGCCUUAUAGGAUGUGAGGUGAGGUCCUUUUGCUAAUGCAGUUGCUGUUGACUGAAGCUGUAGGUUUAUUGUUAGCUGGCUAUUUGGCAUUGGAAUGGUAGGGCAUACUUCAGUGUAAGCUGGCUGUUAAUAGUUUGGUGAUAAGUGUUUGAUAUGUGGUGUUCAUUGAUAAAGUUCUAUUAAUUUUGCAUUGAUAGGCACCUUGAAAGGAAUGUCUUUUCUAUAAAGUAUAUAAAGAUCAUUGGGGAUAACUGUCUACAAGUGGGUAUUGAGCAUAGACAAUAUUACAGUAGUGUCUUUCAAGGCAUUUUUGGUUGGGAAAAUUCUCCUAUUUGAUGUUGGGAGAGCUCUUCAUAAGCAAGUUUGCACUCAUCUUUUCCUUGUAUAUUGUGAGCUACAAGAGUAAAAAGAUUCUCUUUCCUUGCUAUUUCUCAUUUGGAUUUUUUUUUUCUUCUUGCUUUCGAAUUUCUAACAAUUGAGCAGCUGUCCAAGGUUCUCCACUUUGUGAGUUUCUCUGCCCCUUUCACAUAAGCGGUUAGCAACUACCUCACUAGUUCCAGCUAAAUAGUCUUCCAGGUUUGGUGCCUUCUUUUGAUAAUUACUUUCUGCUUCUUGGCAUCUCUCUCGACUGACAGGCGACUCCUGCAGCGCCCUCGUGAAUUUGGAAUCAUUUAACCCUAUGCAUGGUUGCAUAGGGUUAAAUGAUUCUGUGGUGGUUGAAAUACAAUAUUGGCUGUUUCUUAUCUCAGAAGAUAUUAAGACAUUUGAGUUUUGCUGCGUUCCCAGCCAUAUUGGUAUUGCCUUAAAUAACCGUGCAGACUUUGGCCCUAAGGAGGCUAUCCACAUUUACCCUAUUUUCCUAAAAGGCAUUCCUUAUUCAAAUUUCCACCCAGUCAUUCACUCGGAGACCACUGGUAGGGUUGGUGGUCUGGGGUUGCAGGUAUCAAACUCCACACACUUAAAAAGUAACCAAUCCCCUAUCCCCUCCUACUGGAACAGACGGGAGCAGCUUUGGCUGGGUCACGUAUUAGUCAUACGUACCUAACUCAUGGUCACUUACUGGCAUGCUGUCUUGCUCCUUAUUUUCCAGGCAGCAUUGUCCCACUUACAGUUGUGCACCUCCUUGUAGAAUGUCCUGGUUUUCAGGAUGAUCAUAUCUUGCUUUCCUAAUGUCUCAAGAUAAUUUGUCCCUUGAUAGAAUCCUUGGUAAAUCUGAUACCUUUGAUGUUGCUUCCCUUAUGUGUUCUUGUUCUCAUAUUUGCAUCCUAAAUGAUAUUCAGUGCCUUCUGAAUAUCCAAUGACACUGAAGGUGCUACAUAGUCUUCCCAGCUUUGUGUCACCUUUUGCUAAUUAUUUACUUGAUUGACAGGUCCUUAGGGAUGCCUAGCAGCUCCAUCAUGGUAUAGUUACUUUUAACAGUCGCUCUACUGAGAUUUUGUUCUCUCAAAUUUCUUUCUGGUCAAAAGCUGGUAUUGAGAGUUUGACCAAUUUUCAACAUUGAGAUCUCAAGAAAUGUUUCUAUAGCUGGAAACUUAUCUUGCAUUUAAGAUAGUUAAUCACUUCAUACUUUAUUUUAACCAAGCAAACAGUUAAGGAUUGAUGCCUUGACAAAAUUCUCUUGCGAAUCAUGAACCUAGAUGGGCAGAGUUUCUUUCACCCUAUGCCCCUGUUACCUAGCAGUAAAAUAGGUACCUGGGUGUUAGUCAGCUGUCACGGGCUGCUUCUUGGGGGUGGAGGCCUGGUCGAGGACCGGGCCGCGGGGACACUAAAAAGCCCCGAAAUCAUCUCAAGAUAACCUCAAGAUAGAUAAAUGGCUUGUGAGGCACUGCACCACCAAAUUGAGCCAUAAACACUCCCAUCAGUUAUUUAAAUUGAUGGUAGUGUUUAUAUAUUUAAAUUGUAUUGAACAUACAGGUAUUUAAAUUGUAUUGUAAUUUUUACUGUCAGGAAGUAUAUAUAUUUUUGGGGGGGGGGCUUAUCAAGAUCCCCCCAUGGCAGUCUACUGACCUUUCCCAGGAUGCAACAUAAAACAGUUACCCAGUUCCUGGGUACCUAUUUACUGUUAAGUAAAUGCCUAUUUACUGUUAAGUAAACAGGCAUUAGGAGAAAGAAACAUUGUCCAAACAACGUCUUGCCUCUGAAAUUGAAUCCCGAUACUUAUUGCCCGUAACCCAAUUGUGCUGAAUACUGCACCACAAUUGGUGAAUUUGUUUCUUGUUGGGAGAAUUAUUAAGUAUGGUAUUUAGAUUUUUAACAAACUUAUAAUUCUUAAACUUAGUACAGUAUUAUAAUACAAGCAUCUAAUGUACCGACCCUUAAGAAAAAACAAAGGAAUGAUGUCUGACAUCGAUGUAAUUACCUAAGUGUAAUUACCUAAGUGUAGUUACAGGAUGAGAGCUACGCUCGUGGUGUCCCGUCUUCCCAGCACUCUUUGUCAUAUAACGCUUUGAAACUACUGACGGUCUUGGCCUCCACCACCUUCUCACUUAACUUGUUCCAACCGUCUACCACUCUAUUUGCGAAGGUGAAUUAAGAUGUGUGAUUUUUAUUAUGUGACUGAAUAAUUCUAUGUAUUUAAGGUGCAAUUCAGUACUUUAUAUUGAUGCCGAGGAUAAUGUUUUAACUUGAUUUGCUCUUUUAAUUAUUUAAAACAUUUUUGGGCUGCAUAGUGAGAGUGAGUACAGUAAAGACAAGGUUAUAUAUUUAUAUUAAAUUCUCUAAAAGCAUUAUUUUAGUCAGUUAAUUGUGCUGGUGUGUUGGGAAGAUUUUCAUAGUUUUUUUUUAGUUUUUUUUAUUAUUUUCUAAGUUGAGCAUGAAUUAUGAAAAGUAUUUCUCUCAUUCCUUAUUCCAUUGUAUUUUAAAUAAAUUGUACAGUUCUUGUUAAUAAAUAUAAUUUGUA